UUGAUAUUGCUAUACACGGUAUGGCGCAUAAUGUGGAAACUCCGAUCGACAGUUUUCUGGAACAAUUCAAGCGAAGUGCAAUGUUAGCUAUGGAGGAAACACAACAAUCAAGUAGUAAUUUGUCUGCAUUGGUUAAACGUAGCCAGAGCAGUAUCAGUGCAUUAUCAUUUGACACAGAGACCAAUUUUCAACCUGAUGAUGUGAUGGAGGGUGUUGAGCUGGCAGUGAGAGAUGUAGUUGAUCUCUUGCAUGCUCAGUAUGCCAUAAUAACAGGUGGAAAGUCCAGUGUUGGAUGCCCGAUCCUCACAUUCCCAGACCUGGGAAACUUCUGCAGCCUGGGAGAUGUGGAAUACCAGCGCCUUGUUCAGUACCUGACCUCAGUGCCAUCGAUGCAGGAGGCAGACUCAGGUUUUGUGUUGGUGAUAGAUCGUCGGAAUGACAAGUGGAAUUCGGUGAAGACCGUCCUGCUCAAAAUCUCAGGCUUCUUCCCUGGCCUUAUUCAUGUAGCUUAUGUACUGCGGCCAGCAGGGUUUCUGCAGAAAGCCAUCUCUGAAGUCAGUAAUAAACUAUUCAAAGAGGAGUUCAAAUUUAGGGUGGUUGUGUGUAGUUGUGUGGAAGAGCUGCAUGAAAAUGUGGAGAAAAGUCAGUUGACUGCUGAUCUUGGAGGACAGAUUCCCUACUGCCAUCAGGAGUGGAUCCAGCAGCGGGUGGCUUUGGAAAAGUUUUCAUGCAAUAUGCAAGAGGUGUCAGCUGCUUUGGACAGUUUCACACAAAGUCUGCAGGACGUAGAAUUCCCAAAUGAUGUGGAUGCCACUCAACAACUUCUCAACUUACAGGGUAUUGAAUAUUCAGAACUGAAAGAAGAAAUUUUAAAUGCUGCAAAGCAUGGUGAAUAUCUCCUUAACAGUAUUAGGCAACAUUCUGCCACCAGUAAUACCACUACCUCAACAUGUGCCAGCAGAGAAGACCAACUGGAGAUUUAUCGUGCCUGUCCAUACAGAUUGGGCAAUGUCACAGCUGUGGAAAGGCUACUUGUUCAGCUUGAAGAGACUGAGAGAACUUUUGAUGAUUUCUGGUUUAGUCACUCGGCACGUUUACGACAGUGCCUCGAAUUGAGAAGGUUCGAACAGGACUUCAAAGAGCUACAGAGUAACUUUGACAGCCACUUGAAGGUGGCGUGUGAGAUGACUGAGAUUGGUGAGACUGUUGCAAGAGUGGACACACUCAUCAAAGAAGCUGCUGCCUUUCAAAAACUAUGUACAAGUGAUAUUGAGAGAGCAGAGGAGCUGGUUUCAAGCGGACAGCAGCUGCUGCAUAGUCGCCACUAUUGUGCCCUCGACUGUGUCCAACCCAAGUGCACUGAGCUGCAGCGAAUGUGUCAGCUGUUGUCAGAACGUCUUGAAAGUCGCCUCAAUACAUUAUCCAAGUGCAGGGAUCUUCAAGAGCGAAUAGACAAGGCGAAUAGGUGGUGUGCACGAGGGAUAGAUCUGUUAGCAUCUCAGCACAUCGAGAAGUGUUCUAAUUCUUCAGAGCUUGCUGAGCAGUCCUUGAUGGAAAUUCAGCAAUAUGUGUCUAGUGCUGAUGAGUUCAAACUUGGCAGUCCCAAGGAGUUCCGUUCCCUUUUCCAAGACUCAGUUACUCCAGAAACUAAAGCUCUUGUGACGCAGGUGCUGCAAAGAAUAGAUGAUGUGUCUGUGAUGUGUGAAAAGAGGAUGACAAGUCUGAAACGCCUGACUCUGAAGCUUCCAAGACCAGUGCAGACGGUAACGCCCGAGCCUGCCAUUCCUUUCCAGCAACCUUCUAGUGGGGCUCCGCAUCAUAUACACAGUCAUGGAAAAACAAACAACAAGGUGUUUAAGAAGGCUAACACUCUCCCAAAGAUUGAGGUUCCGUCAGAAAUGUGGCAUGCUCAAGCUGUCAAGACCGAAACAUGUGAUAUAACAGAGUCAUCUCCAGACAGCGAGACAUCUACCCAGGAUCUGGAGAUGUUAAAAACUAAACGUGGCCACGUCCUAGCAGAAUUAUUUGAGACAGAGAGGGUUUAUGUCAGUGAAUUAGGGUCUUUGAUUAAGGGUUAUAAGUGUGAACUUCAGUCAAGUGAAAUGCAGUCACUGGUCCCGCCAGUCCUGACUGGCAAGGCAGAUGUGCUGUUCGGAAACUUGGAAGAAAUAUUCAACUUCCACAGUGAAUUAUUUCUACGGGACUUAGAAAACUGCAUCUCCAACACAGAACUGGUUGCUCUCUGCUUCACUCAAAGGAGAGAUGCAUUCCUUCAUUUGUAUAGCUACUACUGCCAAAACAGUCCUCGUUCUGAACGUCUCAGGGAGACUGUUGGAGAGAAGAAUAUGUUCUUCCAAGCAUGCCAACUUAAACUUGGUCAUAAACUUCCACUAGCAGCAUACCUUCUGAAACCAGUACAGAGGAUAACAAAAUAUCAACUUUUGCUCAAGGAUUUGCUGCGAUACAGUGUUGACAAGAAAUGCUGUAAGGAGCUGCAGGAAGCCCUAGACUGCAUGCUUGUAGUGCUCAAGUGUGUAAAUGAUAGUAUGCACCAGAUUGCUAUCACAGGCUUCUGGGGUGAACUGUGUGACCAAGGUGAGCUGCUGAUGCAAGGCUCAUUCUCAGUGUGGAUGGACAGCAAAAAGGACCUACUUCGAGAAUUAAGACUCAAACCCAUGCAGAGGCAUAUCUUCUUAUAUCAGAAAGCCAUGCUGUUUUGCAAGAAAGCGGCUAAGGAAGUGCAUAACAAAGAUACAUACCACUUCAAACGGUACCUCAAAAUGUCACAGAUUGGCCUCACAGAAUCUGUGAAAGGCGAUGCUCGCAAAUUUGAGGUCUGGUUACAAGGUCGUCAAGAGGUACACACAAUUCAGGCCCUCACAGUGCAGCAGAAAGAUGCGUGGGUGUGUGAAAUCAAGCAUGUGCUGUUAGAGCAACUCGCUGAACUGAAAGGAGAGAAGAUUAGGCAGUACUCACUGGCAGGCACUGGCAAGCCGAUUCACAGGCCUCUCCAGCAGACCACUUCUUGGGAGAGUCAUACAGGGGUUCAAAACAGCAUGGCUGCCUUCAAUGCAGAUGCUGAUACUGCGGUAAGGCAUCCAUUACAUCCUCUGCCACAGCACACAGUGUCAGAGAACAGUGAGGAAGAGGGUGAAGGUGGCGGAUGGAGUUCAGAUUACAGCAACAGUGAGGAUGAGGACACCUGUACCGAAUACAGCGAGGGUGGAGGCCGCUUCACAGCUCUUGCUGAUUAUUGUGCGAUGGGGCAUGGUGAAGUGUCGAUGCAUGAGGGAGAUGCAGUUGAGCUUUUGAAGGUUGGCUGUGCUGGUUGGUGGUAUGUCAAAGUUAUUGGUUCACAUUUAGAGGGUUGGGCCCCAUGUGCAUACCUGGAAACAUUUGGUAGGAAAUCUCUCCGAAGCUCACAAUCAGUCAGUAGCCAAGAUGGCAGAAAGUCCAGUGUUGCAUUGCCUUCGGAAUGAAUGCAGCGUAGAGGUAUGUUGGCUUUUAUACCUGAGAAACAUUCAUCCACAUCUGGUUAUUUUGAAUUGUCGGAUGGUGGCAUUGUGUAGCUUGCUGAGUGAAAGUAAUUGCGAUAAUGAUAUGCAAUUGUGUUAUGAACUUGUGGCUGUUAUAAUUAUGUAUGUGUAACAAAAUUAAUGAGGAUAGGUGAUUUACUGAAGAAUUGCAGGACAAAAUGUUCUAGAAAACCAAAUGCUUUAUGCAAAUUUCAGUUUGUUAUAUUUGUCAUGAAAAAGAGAGAAUGUAUUUUUGAUUCCUGUAGAUAUUUUUCUUUAUUGAUUAGUACUGUUAUUUGUAUAUAAAUGUUGUUACUGAAGUAAAUUAACUCCCUUACUCCAGGGCCUAGUGCCACAGAUUACUCAAGAAUUGUCAGGCUGUUUCAUCAAAAUUGAUUUAUGCAAGAGGGGUGUCUGUGCCCACUAUACAGAGAUAAUAUUGAAUAUUGAAAAUUAGUCUAUCAGUUAUGAUAAUGCCAUUUUUAAUAUAUAUUUUUUUCUUCUAAGAUGGUUACAAUUUGUAUGAGUCAUUUGGCCAUGUUUUAAUAUAUGUAUAUAAAUUACAUGUACUAGAAAACCAGCUUCAAAGUAUCAAAUAUAUCAGAUCAUGGAAAAUCUGGAAUGAUUUGUCUCACUGGCAGUAAAAUUGUUGGAAGGAAAAGGAGAGAGGAAGAGCUUACAAAGAAACUGUAAAGCUGAUACUUUGCUCACACGGAGAACUUUCUCACUGAAGAGACAAUCUGAAACUAGGAGUCUUUUGCUGUUGUCUUCACAGUGUUAACAAAUAUAAUACUGAUUGACUAACAUUUCAUCUUUACUGCUUUGAUUAUUUAUAAUGUUCAGUAUAUCCUACAGAUCAAUCAAGUUUAACAAUUAAACAUAAGCCACCUUAAUCCUUCCAAUUUCCUGUUAUGGAAUAAUCAGCAAACAAGUAUUUAUGUUGUAUGAAGUUCUCAAGGCAGUGAAGUUGACAAUUUUGUUUUUUCCAAAACAUGUAUGCCUACGAGUCCACGUGGCAUCACAACCCAGAAUAGCAGCAUUAUCAAAUAUUCAUGCUCAUUGUCAUUCUUAAUAUAUUACCCAAGUAACCCGAAUUCUUCGCCAUCGUGUGUUGUUGUCAGAGUAUUGUGCCGUCAUCUACUGUAUUAUUUUAUUUGAGCUAAAGGCAUUGAUGGAAGGGGAGUACUGAAUGUGAAUAAACCAUGUAUAGUAUUCUGAUGUGAGAAAGGAGGAUUUGAAUUUUUGUAAUGCAAUUUAUUCCACUACAGAUAUACCACCAUUACGUGAUCUGGUAUUACGUAGUGUCAUUACUCUGUCAAGAUUCAUUUGUGUAACUGGCACAUUAGGUAAUGUUGGCAGUGAGGUAAAACAGGCUGGGUAUGCAUCCUACUGCCUAUCACCUCAAGUUCAGUUGCUUUGUAAUUACAUACUGUGGUAUUGUGCAAGGUCUUCAACGUCAGCAUUUGUAUCAGGGAAGCAGUGUUUUGGUUACAGUCCGUUGGUGCAAUUUUAUGUUCACAUAUGUCGAUCAGUAAUGUUCUGAACACAAUACGAGUAAUUUUAAAUGUUGGUGAUGAAAUCAUUAUUGCAGUCAUUAUGAUUGUGUUGUGUAGUACUUCGUGAAUCAAGGAUCAAGUUCAUAUUUCACCCCCACUUUUUUUGUAACAAGUGAAUUUGUGUAUUUCUGAAUUACAGUAACAGAUGGAUCUGCAGGAAGUACAAAGCCAGAUGUU